AUGAAGGACCAUUCUGUACCUGAUGAUAAGGAGAAUCGUGGUGUGGUCACAUACAAGCGCUCUCCAGAGGGUGCUGAAGGCAAGGAUGCAGCAAAAGUAACUAAGCAAGAGCCCACAAGACGAUCAGCAAGACUGUCAGCUAAACCUGCUCCACCAAAACCUGAACCCAAACCAAGGAAAACAACAAAGAAGGAACCUGGAACAAAGGCCAGCAAAGGUGCUAAAGGGAAGAAGGAUGAAAAGCAAGAAGCUGCAAAGGAAGGUACUACACCAUCUGAAAAUGGUGAAAAUAAAGCUGAAGAGGCUCAGAAAACUGAAUCUGUAGGUGACAAGAAUGAAUGAAAUACCAUGAAAAUUUUGGGUUGAUUUUAUGUACCUCUUGGACAACUUUUAAAAGAUAUUUUUAUCAAGUAUUUUGUAAAUGCUAAUUUUUUUAGGACUAUGAUAGUUGACAUAUUAAACUGUAUAUGAACAUUUCCCUUCUCAUAACAGUGCUUUUAGAAAUUCCCAUUGUUGCCAAGUAAAAUAAAUAUCAACUUAAUAUUGCAAGGUAUGUGUAAAAUUGCAUCAGCAUUCCAUACCCUUGCUUUAAGAAGUUAUGUCUUGUGCAUAUGGUGAUGUUUUUACUGUGUGUAUUUGGAUUUUUCAUGCAGUUUUUCUAGAGCAAUAAUCAGUGGUGCUUUUGUACUUAGGUUUUAUGUGAUUUUAAUGAAACGUGGAUAGAUGUGGCCACCUGCUGACUAUUUUGGGUUCUUUUAAUGGAUUAAAAUAAAAGGUCUCCUUGCCUGCAAAACUAAAGACUCCUAAUGUUUUCUCUGAAUCUGAGGAAUGCCUUACUCACAUCUUUGACUGCUACAAGGAAGACUAAAUGAUUUAGUAACAGUUGGCUUGUAUGUGGUGUGUUUGCUUUUUUUUGCUGAUGUCUGAUUAAAAACCACCCACACAGGAGCAGCAAACUGGGAUUUUCAGUGGUGUACAACUUAGGGGACUUACAGAUAAAUUCUUCAUAGAUACAUUCAUCAGAUACACUACACUGUCACAGGGUGAGUAGACAGACAGGAUAUUGUGUCUUCAAUGAGCUAUCAGUACAGAGCCAAUUGCUUGAUGGAUGGAGAUGUACAGUAAUUUAAAAGUAGCUUUGUUUCUCUCCACUUUCUUUUCUUUAACGUGCAUUGUAGUCUAUGGAAACCUUUCUUUCUAUCUGUAGCCUCAAAUUUAAUAUGAAUAGUAAUUGCUGUUCUGCUUCAGCUGAGGACAGUUGUUAAUACAUUGAAAUCGCUGUUAAACAGUGCUAUAUAUUUGGUACCUGGUGGAAGUGGAACAAUGAAAGUUGGUUUUGAGGUGAUUGUGGUGAUGUGGUAGAUUAGCUAAUGAUUCUUUAGUGUCCAUGUUUCAACUCUGCAGCUCAUUCUAAGUACCUUUUAUGAUUUUUCUCCUUCUCUUUUCUCUAGGGAUCCUGGUGUUUCUAUUGUUACUUCUGGGAUGGGAGGGGUGAAAGAAAAGAUGUUCCCUGUUCUUCACUAGCAUUGAUUUGUAUUGCUCAAGUGGUAGUCGUUAUGUCUGAGGAUACCUUUUGCUUGUUUAAGUCGAUAAAUAAAUGACUGUU